AUGGUGGAGUCUGAGAAUAGUAAGUUCCAAGUAAGUUCCAAGCGUAUUGGAGCUUCUAGAAGGACAAUCACAUCAGUUGUUGCGCUGGCACGGGCAUGUACUGUAAACCUCUGCCCUUUUCCCGAAGGGCAGAGAAACGUGCCCACUACUAAUUUGGUAGCGCUGGGGCAACGAGGACGCGGCAAUUGCGGGACAAUCUCUCACUGCUGUCGCAGCGCCGGCCCCGUUCUGUGCCUCUGGAAUCUCCUUUCUUUUCACAACUUGACGCCUUUUUUACAGAUGACAGAGCGAAAACGGGUACUCGCGCAAGCGCGAGCAGAAGAGCUUUUCUCUUCCGGGAAGCAUCUUCCUUCCGACAAGGACACCUCGGCGCGUCCACAAAAGAUGCGCAAAGUAUCUGUGACAGCCAAAAAGUUGGGCUUGGGCAAAGAAGAAUGGAAUCGACUAAAGCCUGAACCACUCAAGAAGAUGCUCAAGCAGUACUCGAAGCAGCUUGCAAAACAAGUCGAGCGCGACUGGUGGCGGGGCUACGACGAGCAGGUGGCGACGGUAUCGAAAUGGGCGACCGCGCUUCACGAGCCGCUACAGGCGGUGUUGGACAUUGGCGUGGGAAAGCGACAUGCGAUUGAGCAGUGCAAUGAUGUGUUAUGUUUGGUGGGCGACAAUUGGCGGGACAUGUGCGCGACGCCGUGUCGAGUAUCUAUCGCUGGAAUGAUGGGGAAUGAGGUUUGUGUGAGGUUGCGGUUACCAUGGGGGAGGGAGAAGAGAUUCAACGCAUUUUUUUUGGAGAGACCAUUGGAGGAUAUGGUGGGGUUUGUGUGGAGGAUGUUGUUACGGGUCGCGGCGGUAGAGGCGGGGCGGGGGGAGUUGAGUAGAGAGGUCGUGUUUCGGGGGAUCAAGGAUGCUGUGGACAAUGGGGUUACAUUGAGGAGUGGUGAGGUGGCUGGGUGGGCGGAUAUUGCGGACGGGGUGGAGGAGUUGGAAGCGCCGUCCGAUGGUGUGAUGAACGGGAACGUGGAUGGUUCCGAGUUGGAUGCGCUUGUGGAGCAGGGGGAGAAUUGGAAAGGUUUGGAAUCGAGGAUACGCAUUUUUCGGAUGCGAGAGAGGCUAGAUCCACGGGGCGGGAAGGACUCAAAAACGACUGCGAUCACCUCGUUCCGAGGACGUUUUGCUUUUCUUCGGAUCGAGAGAUGCAGAGUUGCGAAGAGCGAAAGUGUGCUCUGGCAGAGGCUGGAACCUUGA